AUGGCCAAAGCCUGCCAUGUCCUAUGCCUCGCCGUCUUUGGCACCGGGCAGCUCUUCGUACCAUGGACGUGCCCCUGGACGGUUGCACGGGUUGCACGGGUCGCGCCGCGCGCGCUGGCGGAGCCGGACAUCGACAAGUGGCUGCAGACCUUGGAGGGCACGGAAGGUUGGCCAAAGGACCAGUUGCUGCUACUACGCACGCGCCUGCGGCAGCAGCGCAGGUACCGCCUGGCGGAUGCGCUGCUGGAGCUGUUGCGGCCGCGCUUGGAAGCGGCGGAGCUGUGGGUGGAGGAUGACCAGGGCGGCACUCGUUUGGUGCCGCACCGCGGCGCCUCCGCGGCGCGGCGAAGCGCGCGCGCUGCGCGCGCCGCCAAGGCGGCGCGGCAGGGCGCUGUGGGCGCCUUGCAGCGGUCGCUGAAGGCGGAGAACGUGGAGGAGGCGGUGGCUGCAGCUGCAGCUGCUGCCUGUGGGGUGCGAAGAGCGUUGAAGGAGGACAUCGAAGCGGCGCUGAAGGGAAGGCAAGCAUCAGACCUUGCACUGUCCCUGGCACUUGCCGGCUGCGAGGAUCGGGAGAUCUUUGCUAGCCUAGCACAGAUCUCCCAGAAGGAGUUGCUGGCUCGUCAGCGAUCACUGGUGAGCGUGCAGCAGACGGUGGAGCGUUUGGCGACUGCGGGGUAUCGACAGCAAGACUUCCCUGGCCUCUUUAAGGCUGGUGAGGCAGCGUUGAAGCGCUUAGGUUGUCCCCAGUCCUCCAACUUGCGCGAUUUGCAGAUGGGCAACUACUCAUUGCACUCCCCCCGGCCUUUGUUGUGGCUCUUUCGCCACGCCACCCGGCAGGGCCGAAGGUGUAUACCUCCAACAAGCUCCAAAGUUCAUGAGGCAGUUGUGAGGUUGAGCCAAAGUGGCAAGCCAUUGGUCAUCGAUUUGGGUUGUGGUUUUGGGGCUUCCAGUCUUGGUUUGACACAGCAUGGCUUCGCUGUUCUCGCCGUUGAUGCCUCGGCCCAUUGCAUCCGCUAUGCCACGGCCUUGGCGCGACGCUGGCAGCUGCCGGAGAGCUGUGCCAGCUUCGUGCAGUGUGGGGCAGAAGAAGCAUUGGCAGCUGCGCAAAGUGUCGCAGACAUCGAUGUGAAGUGGAUUUUGAUCAAUUUUCCUACGCCUUUUGCUGUUCAAAGUGACAGAGCUGGACUUAGUUGCUCCAAAAGAUACCUGAUGAUGCUGUGUUUCAAAAUAACCCAGGCCAUCAAAGAACUUGUGUAGAGUUUGUGUUUGCAGAUCGCUUUUCGUAGAACGAUUCAGCUGGACUUGCAGUGGUUGGUUUUCUUGCUCGACGUGCAGAGAUACAAUCCUGAAUCCUCUAAGGUGGCAGUACUGAAACAAUCAGCA